CAGGUCAGCUCAAACAUGGAGAGAAGAGCAGAGAGACAAAGAGGAGGUGAUAAGGAGGUGGUAGAAGUGAGUGCCGCGGUGGAGAGGCAAUGGGGGGAAGCAGAUGUGCUGGCUCUCAUGUCAGUGUGGGAAGAGGUGGGAGCUCAGCACAUAGGUGAGAGCAGAAGCACAUUUGAGUUGAUCUCAGAGCGUCUGAGAAGGCUCAGUGUUGUGCGCAGCUGGAGGGAGUGUCAGGCCAAGUGCAGGAGCCUGGGACUUCAGAGCAGGAAGACUGAGGCGGCAGGCACAUCCAACUACAGCCAAGGAGUGGAGUCCCACGUAACCUCUAAUGGAAGGCCAGUGGAGGGCUGGGAGGAAGAGGAGGAAGAAGGGGCUAAUGAAAGAGGAAUCUACUCUUCCUCAGUCACAAUUCCAAUGCAGGAAGGUAACUGGAUCAAGAGUCGGAUUCUCCCUUACACUCAAUGUGUGGCUGAAGAAGGGGGCCGCCACUGGACAGAUGAGGAGGUGCGAGCGCUGCUGUGUGUCUGGGCCGACCGCCGUAUUCGAGAGCGCCUCAAGUGCACGCUCCGCAACAAGUCCAUCUUUCAAGAGAUGUCCCGGCAAAUGCAGAGGAGCUUUGGAGUGGUGCGCAACUGGAAACAAUGCCGAACAAAAUACAAAAACCUCAAGUAUGAGUACAAGACUGCCAAGAGCGCCCAAGUGGCUGGAGGUAGCAGUGGCGGCGGCCCAGGGAAGUACAUGAAGUUUUUUGAUGAGGUGGAGGCCAUCCUUCUGGAUAGAGGGCUGGAUAAUGAGGCCCAAGAGAUGCAGAAGAGGCUGUGUGAUGGAGAAAUGGGAGCAGGGAGGCUGGGAUCACCAGCAGGCCAGACAACACAGAUAAGAGGUGUUGAAAAUGAACUUGUCAUUGAAAUUGAUGAUGAUGACAACAGUGAUGAUUAUGAAAUCGAUGUAGAGAUGGAAGCAAAAUGGAGAGGAACAGAGGCCCAUCUAUCACCCACAGAUCCAUCCAGCUCUGACCAGUUCCAUGUGGUCACGGUGUCAGACACGGGUCGAAACUGGAGUGACCAGGAGGUGCGGGCGUUGAUUCAAGUUUGGUCUGAGGAGGGCGUGUGCAGGCAGCUGGAGAGCUCGACCAGGAAGAGGGACAUCUUUGUCCAGAUCUCCAACAGGUUGAUGCAGCAGGGCAUUGAACGUGACUGGAAACAGUGCCACACCAAGUAUAAAAACCUCAAGUACCUGUACCGCUCCUUGCAAAGGGGUAAGACUGAUGGCAACGAUCCGCGACGCCUUAUGAGGUUCUAUGACGAGGUGGAUGCCAUUCUGAACCGCACAGUUAACGGAUCUCCAUAUAACAUGGGAUAUGCAGACCAGGCAGCAGAGUCAAGUGGACUGACUAUAUUGGAGGGCUGUGAGGUGAAUGGCAAUACAGAUGUCACUUUGCCAAAGCUGGACAAAAGGGAUACGGUGACGGGAGCACGAGAGGAAAGACUUUGCAAUUCUGAUUCUGGCCCGUCUGUGAGUCUUGAGGUUGUAUCACAUAAUGAAAAACUGACGCUGCAUACAGGCAAGGAGCGCAGCUUGUAUCAACACCACAGAUUCAUGAGCUCUACUGAAACUGGGUUAGACACAGACGAUACUUUGCCAACAAGCAGAGGAGUGAAGAGGAAAGCUGUGGAUCAAGAUAACACACUCAGGAUAGCGAAAAAACUGGAUACUGGGACUGAUUUGGCCAAUCACAUGGAUUUCCAGUGUAAAGAGGAGCAGGAUCACAUCCCGAUAAUAGAGAUCAAUUCGGUCUGUUCAAUGGCAUCCCCUAAUCUGCCUCCUGACAAGCAGGACUUCAGGUGCACAAGGAACAUCAUGGUCUCCACACCAGAGCUCAAGCUUGGCCAAAAGCUGAAUGAGGGAAAGACUAAACAAAUCUUUGAGCUGGUGGACCAGCCCGGCCUGGUUCUGGUCCAGUCCAAAGACCAGAUCACAGCUGGAAAUGCCGUGAGGAAGGACCAGAUGGAGGGCAAGGCCGCCAUCGCCAACAAAACCACCAGCUGCGUGUUCAAGUUGCUGCAGGAGGCUGGAAUUAAGACUGCAUUUGUGAAGCAGCACUCAGACACUGCGUUCAUCGCAGCCCAUUGCGAGAUGAUCCCCAUCGAGUGGGUUUGUCGGAGAGUGGCAACUGGAUCCUUCCUCAAGAGGAACCCAGGAGUGAAAGAAGGCUACCGCUUCUCUCCGCUAAAGAUGGAGAUGUUCUUCAAAGAUGAUGCCAACAAUGAUCCUCAGUGGUCUGAGGAGCAGCUGCUGGAGGCCAAAUUCUCUCUGGCCGGGCUCAGUAUUGGCCAGUGUGAGGUGGACAUCAUGAAUCGCAGCACCGUGGCCAUCUUUGAGAUUCUGGAGAAGGCCUGGGCCACUCAGAACUGCACGCUGGUUGACAUGAAGAUAGAGUUUGGUGUGAAUGUGACGACCAAAGAAGUCGUCCUUGCUGAUGUGAUUGAUAACGAUUCCUGGAGGCUGUGGCCAGCUGGAGACCGCAGCCAGCAAAAAGAUAAGCAAGUAUACCGAGACCUGAAGGAAGUCACACCUGAAGCAAUGCAAAUGGUGAAGAGAAACUUUGAGUGGGUCUCUGAAAGGGUCAAGCUCCUGCUGGAGCCCCAGGCCAGUGGCAGGGUGGUGGUGUUGAUGGGCUCCACCUCAGACAUGGCCCACUGUGAAAAAAUCAAGAAAGCCUGCGCCUCCUAUGGAAUCCCCUGCACGCUGAGAGUCACCUCGGCACACAAAGGUCCCGAUGAGACACUCCGCAUCAAAGCUGGAUAUGAAGGUGACGGCGUGCCCACCGUGUUUGUGGCUGUUGCAGGCAGAAGCAACGGCCUCGGUCCUGUGAUGUCAGGAAAUACCGCCUACCCCGUCAUCAACUGCCCACCUCUCACUCCAGACUGGGGGGCACAAGAUGUCUGGUCAUCCCUUCGCAUGCCAAGUGGUCUUGGCUGCUCCACCGUCCUCUCCCCAGAGGCUGCUGCCCAGUUUGCUGCCCAGAUCUUUGGGCUAAGUGACCAUCUGGUGUGGUGCAAGCUGCGGGCCUCCAUGCUCAACACCUGGGUGUCUCUCAAGCUGGCAGACAAGAAAUUGCAAGCCUGCAGUCUCUAAAGAGGCUGGCGACCUGUUGGAGUCUAGUGUGUUCUUAUGGGGUUCCACUUCCUUUCAGAAUCACAUCUCCUUUGUUUACCCUGCACAAACUUACUCACAGUACUAAACCUGCUUGUACUUCAGAAAACAUUCCAUUAAAGAGAUUUAAUUAAA